GAGUUUUGUUUUGUCGCCUAGGCCUGGAGUGCAGUGGUGUGAUCUUGACUCACUGCAACCUGCGCCUCUAGGGUUUAAGCAAUUCUCAUGCCUCAGCCUCCCAAAAAGCUGGGAUUACAGGCAUGCGCCAUCAUGCCUGGCUAAUUUUUGUAUUUUUAGCAGAGACAGGGUUUUGCCAUGUUGGCCAGCUGGUCUUGAACUCCUGGCCUCAGACAAUCCGCCUGUCUUGGCCUUCCAAAGUGCUGGGAUUACAGGCAUAAGUCACUGUGCCUGACCUCCCAUAUUUUCUUCUAAUAAUUAAUCUAUUUAACAUAUUAAAAUAGUGAGCAUUCAAACCAUCACUUUAUAGAUGUCACAUAUUAUUUUUAAAGUUUUUCAAACUUAAGAUAUUGAGAAUUCAAAUAAAUAUACUAUGUAAAUAAUAGGAGAGGUUUAGCAUACAUCUUGCAGUUAGUACCCAAGUGACUGAUGCUUGGUAAAUACUGUGCUAAGCUAAACUGCAUCCUUCUAAAUAUACCUAUUGCUGUAUCUCAUUCCUAGGCUAAGCAGUCCCCCGCCCCAGUACCGAAUGGUUGCCUCAUGCAUCCAUUUAAGAAAGACAGCAGACCAAAACUGGAGUCACUAAAUGCUAAGGAUCCAUGCUACCAAACUGAAACCUGGGUUGCUUACUUGUAAGAUCUUCUGAGAAAUCAGGAGAGAGAUGAAAGCCAAAUUACAUUACACCAAGAUUUCGUCUACACCUCUAUAAGGAAAGUAAUCUUGAAAUGACUGAUCUGCUAUUUGUUCAUUCUUCCUGCUUUCCUCCACUUUUUCCUGCCUGUCAAACUCACCCACUCGGUCCUCAUUGGAGCACCUUUCUAUCUUGUAGACUGCCUGGUGCAUGCAAUGCUAUUAAAAACCAAUCAGAUCUUUGAAACUAAAUUUGUUGAAAUUUUGUUCUUAUACACAUCUGAAAAGCAGCCAUAAGUAUAAAGGCCAGUGAUAUCAAAAGUGGGUAACAAAGCAAGUCAUCUAAUCUAAACUGCAAGACAAGCAUUUUGAGAGGCCUACAACAUACCUUAUUUUCAAUUCUGAAAUGCAGAAAGUCCUCCAAAUUAGUUUUUCCCCACGCUUGGAGUAAACUCAUUUGAACUGAUAUGAGACUAUUUACAACCUUUAUUUAUUUAUUGUAUUUAUUUUAUUUGAGACAGGGUCUCACUCUAUUGGCCAGGCUGGAGUGCUGUGGUGUGAUCACAGCCAACUCACUGCAGCCUCAACCUUCCAGGCCCAAGCAAUUUUCCCACCUCAGCCUUCUGAGUAGCUGGGACUACAGGUGGGCGCCAUAGUGCCCGGCUAAUUUUGUUAUUUUUAUUUUGUAGAGACGGGGGUCUCACUGUGUUGCCGAGGCUGGUCUCAAACUCCUGGGUUCAAGCAAUCCUCCCGCUUUGGCCUUCCAAAGUACUGGGAUUACAAGCAUGAGCCACUGUGCCUGGCCCUAUAUACAACCUUUAUAUAUCCCACUUAGGGUGAAUAUUUGUGAAUACUCACACAUUUCUGCUAUAGAAACAUUGUUUGACUACGGGGGCAUACAAUAUAUCUCACCUUUUUUAAACAUUCAAAAAAUUCUGAAUUUCACAAACACAUCUGGCCUGAAAGGUUUUUGAUAAGGGACUGUGAAUCAGUGGUGGCAUAAUUAGUCUUAGGAGUACUAACUAAUAGGAGAAAUGUAACAUUUGUUAAGUACUUAGUUUGUGUCCAGCAUUGUUCUAAGUAUCUUCUUGGUAAAUGCCUCAUGUAAUCCUCACAAUCUCUAUGCUUUAUCAUCCUAUCCUUUAUAAAUGAGGAAACUGAGGGAGAUUAACUAUUUAAUUUGCUGAGGAUCAUGCAGCAAAUAGCCCGAAGAGGGAUUCAUGCGUUUCACCAUAAUGCUUAAGAACAGGGCUUUGUCAAAGGAUACCUUCAACUGCAGCAGAAUGAUGGACUCAAAUCACAGAGACACGACAAAGUGACGGGUAGUCAGCUGUGGGUUGGUUCAGAGGCUCAGGCUGUUCCGGCUCUAGGUGAUUUCCUGCUUUCCUGGGGUUCCCACCAGCUGCCCUCAUGGUGACAAAAAGGCUGCUGCAGCUCCAGGAAACUUACACUGGGCAAGGACAACAGGAAGAAAACAGCCCCCACUCACCCAACUCCCUUUUUAACUAGAAGAUCUUUCCCGAAACUCUGCCUCAACAGACCUCGCUUACUUCUCCCUGGCCCGUACUAGGUCGUGUACCCAUCGUUAGCCAAUCGCUGGCAACGGAUUGGCCCCGUUUUAAUUUAUCCCAAAAAGGCGCCAGUCUGGGCUGUUUGGAGCAGUCAAGGGAGCUCCGUGCUAAGGCAGGAGGGGCCUGGACAUGCGGCUGCAGGAGUCCGGGCCUCGGUGCCCUAAGAUGAGGGCUCAGUGGUGCUCAGCACCGCGCCGGGCCAGAGACUGAGCCGCCGCCGGCUGUUGAGGGUUGGUUGGCUGAAUCCCCGGCAGGGGCCAGGCGGAGCGAACAUCACCGCGGCAACUGCCUCCACAGCACACACUCCCGACAGUGGCUGCGCUUUUCCCCUUCAGCACAGCCCAAAGGCCCCGGCAGCUCAGCACCUGCGACCUCCUAAUGCCCUCCAGCCUACGGAGGAGUAGAAGUCCUUCCGGGGCCUCUCAACCAGCAGCCACCAGCCACCAGCCACAAAAGCCGUGAGCCGCGCGGGGCUGGCCUGAAAGCUCUGCGUCUUCCCACCGCGGCAACAGCAGCUCCCACCCGGAAGCGAGGCAGCCCUGCGGACCACAACUCCCAGAAACACCCGCUGUCUCGCUCAAGCUAAUUGACCCGCUGCGCCAUCUAUUAGCCAACCAGCCACAGGGAGACGGCUCCCCACGAGGCCUAACAACCAAUCAUAAGAUAGAGGAGGCGGGCGCUCCUCCAGCCGAUCCACGGGGUGUUGUCAAAAGUUUGGCGGGAUCCUGAAAGAAUGCUUUCUUUAGAGCCCCACGGCUGCUCCUGUGAAGGGAGAAGCGACAAGCAGAGAUAUGCAGGGACCUCUCUGCGAAGUAAUGACUUGGGGCAAACGGACAACGCCCACAGCAUCCCAAUAGUCUCAGAAGACUCUGGUCUCUGCUACUCCUGCCUGCGGUCCUCGCCUUGGUGCUCUCGCGCUUCCCGCGGCGUCCCGCCCCUCCGUCUCCUUAUUGGCUCCCCAGGGCCUUGUGCGGAAGGGGGCGUGGUGCGCGGGCCUCGGCCAGGCCUGAGAGGCCGGGAGGGUUUGACCCUGGGGCUGCAUGGACAGCUUAGCGCUCGGCCGCUGGCGACGGCGGAGGGCGGAGGAUCUGCAGGUUCCGGGGGACGUGAAACGGGUAUGCAGGAGAUUAGAAGCCAGUGGGCACGAGCGUGGCUGCCACCAGGUGAAUGCCUGUGCCCUGGCGUCCUGGGGCCCAGAGGACCGGGAGCUUCCAUCAAGAGGCUGCCCCCCAGCACCAAGGCCAGAAAGUGGCCAGGGGAGGCUAAGUACAGGGAUUUCUCAGAAUGGUGGAAGGAGCUCAGCCCAGCCUUGCCCAAGAUGUAUUGCAGGGGAAUCUACAGCUGCUCCCAUCCCUGCCAUGUGCGCCACAAGCCCCUGCUCCAGCCGCCACAGCUUCUCCGAUCCUGGAACAGUCUGACCUUGUGCUGUUCUUACUGCUUGAGGUAUACCUUCCCACCUCCAAAGAUUCUCCUGCUCCUUCGUGGCCCACCCGAGAUUCCUGUCUUGUGUGAAGCCUUCUUCAGGCCCCUCACCAGGGACAUUUUAGCCAUACCAAGAAUCAUUAGAAGAUGCAAGCUGGAAAAAAGAAGGUCCCAGUUUUGGUUUUGAACCCUUCAUGUUGCAGCAAAUGUGAAUCUCCUACAGAUGGGUUUGGGGACUUACCUGUUCAAAUAGCAGCCCGGUGUCCUCUGUGGGUGGGGGGAGGUUUGUCUGUCCUUUCAUUCUAGUAAAUCCACCAUCCUCUGCACGAGAGCCAGGAGAAUCCACAUCACUUCAAAAGAGCCCCCAAAUCCUUACGUACUACAGCCUCCUUUCGAAUGUUCCUGGUUGAGAGGGAGAUCAAUUGCAUUAUUUACAAGUCAAAAAAUUUUGUAUCAAACUUCCUAUGAGCUUGGGCACUGAUGGCCUAUGGAGGCCCACCCAGACGCAGCCCUGCCAUCAUGCUUUUUCAUUGUUUUGUGGAUGUACCCAGGGCUAUUUACACACUCUUUCAUUAAAAGGCUUAUUUUUAUAUUUAAAA